AUGUCGGAGCAAAAGUCUCUGAUGCUGGAGCCAGGGAAGGUGAUCAGACCCAUCAUAGAUCAUGAAGGAGUCAAACUCCUCGCAGAGAGACUGUAUGGGAUAUCGGUCUUAGAACUAGAGGAACUAAACGGUUAUGAUGACAAGAACUAUAAAAUCAUAGAGGACCCCAACGUUAAGAACCCGCUGAUAACGAAGCACAGUCCUCACGGGUACGUUCUGAAGAUUAUGAACUCUGUGGACUCACAGAACCUUGAUGUUGUUGAAGCACAGAACGAGAUCAUGAACUUCUUGAGCACCAGGUCCGUGUGUUGCCCCAAGCCCAUCCGUAACGUGUUCGGUCACCUGUACUCGUCGGAGCGUGUGGGGUCCUCUCAACACGUGGUCCGUCUGUUGGAGUACGUGCCCGGAGUGUUGUUGAAGGACGCUCCUCACAGCGACCAGCUCUGGUAUCAGCUGGGGGAGUUCGCUGCCAACCUCGUUAAUAAACUAGAGCACUUCAACCACUCGGGCGUGGUCUCCCGUCAACACAUGUGGAUGUUGAGUAACGUGCCUCAGUUGGACAAGUUCAAAUACGUCAUCAAGGACUCGGAACAACUCGAUCUUGUUGAAGAGGUGAUUGAAGAGUUCAAGUACGCGGUCAUCCCUCAGAUGGAGGAGCUGGAGAAGGGAGUCAUACAUGGAGACAUUAACGAGAUGAACGUACUGGUGGCUCUUAAAGAGGGAAGUAAGUCAGACUACCGUAUCUCCGGUAUCCUCGACUUCGGCGACAUCCAACACUCGUGUGUGUUGUUCGAGUUGUCCGUGUGUAUGACGUACGCCAUGCUGGUGUCUGGUCCACGAGCCGGGGGGGUGGUGCUCGCCGGGUGGAGCGUCACCAGGAGACUCACGGACCAGGAGUACAGACUACUGAAGCCCUUGGUAUCAGCUCGUCUGGUCCAGAGCUUGGUGCUGGGCGCGUACACUCGGGAACAGGAGCCGGAGAACAAAUACGUGUCCUCUACGGAGAAGGCCAACGGAUGGGAACUGUUGAAGAAGAUAAGGAAGAAUAAACCCGACCCUGAAGACGACUGUACCAACUGGAAAGAUAUCGCCAAUGACUUCCUCACGAGGAGUUAG